AAGGGCUGGCUAGCCGCCAUCUUGCUUCUUUUUCUCGCUCGCUCUCGCCCUCUCGGGAAGGCAGCGAAAGUGCUUUGGCGGUUUGUCCAUCCGCAGCUUCGGCUUUCGUAGUCGGGUCGCCUUCGCCGCCACCCCGGUAGCCCCCAUUUCCCCUCCCCCUUCCCUUGGUCAGAGUUCGCCUGGAUCUGCGAAGUGCGCAAACUUGACACUCAACCCUGGCCGUGAAUCCAAAAGACUGAUUUUAAGGGGUGUGGCAGGAGGCUUUGGACUCGAUGAGUUUCCACCGAAAUGUCGGAGAAGUCAGGCCAGAGCACAAAAGCAAAGGAUGGGAAAAAGUAUGCAACACUCAGUUUAUUUAAUACAUACAAGGGAAAAUCCUUAGAAACUCAGAAAACUACAGUUGCAGCUCGACAUGGAUUACAAAGUCUUGGAAAAGUUGGUAUUUCAAGGCGUAUGCCUCCACCUGCUAACCUCCCAAGCCUCAAAGCAGAAAACAAAGGCAAUGAUCCUAAUGUGAACAUUGUACCUAAAGAUGGUACCGGAUGGGCAUCAAAACAAGAACAGCAUGAAGAAGAAAAAACACCAGAAGUGCCAGCAGCACAACCAAAACCUGGGGUUACAGCUCCCCCAGAAGUAGCACCUGCUCCCAAAUCAUGGGCUAGUAACAAGCAAGGUGGGCAAGGAGAUGGAAUCCAAGUGAACAGUCAAUUUCAGCAAGAAUUUCCCAGCCUGCAGGCAGCUGGGGAUCAAGAAAAGAAAGAUAAAGAAUCAAAUGAUGACAACUAUGGACCUGGACCCAGUUUACGCCCACCAAAUGUGGCUUGUUGGAGGGAUGGUGGUAAGUCUGCUGGUUCACCUUCUUCGUCUGAGCAAGAUGAAAAGCUGCCUGGCCAGGAUGAAAGCACAGCUGGAACAUCGGAACAAAGUGAUAUCCUCAAGGUUGUGGAAAAGAGGAUAGCUUGUGGUCCUCCACAGGCUAAACUGAAUGGACAGCAGCCUGGUCUUCCUUCCCAGUAUAGAGCCAUGAUGCCUCCUUAUAUGUUUCAACAGUAUCCAAGGAUGGCGUAUCCUCCUCUACAUGGUCCAAUGAGGUUCCCCCCAUCUUUAUCUGAAACAAACAAAGGCCUUCGAGGGAGAGGCCCACCUCCUUCAUGGGCCUCUGAGCCGGAACGCCCGUCCAUCCUUAGUGCAUCAGAACUGAAGGAGCUGGAUAAGUUUGAUAACCUAGAUGCUGAAGCUGAUGAAGGUUGGGCAGGUGCUCAGAUGGAAGUAGAUUAUACAGAACAGCUGAAUUUUAGUGAUGAUGAUGAACAAGGAAGUAGUAGUCCUAAAGAGAAUAGCAGUGAAGAUCAAGGGUCAAAAUCCUCUGAAAACACUGAAAACCGUAAAGAAGCGGAUGAAGUUUGCAACACUAAAUCAUCUCAGAUAACUGCCCAGCCACAAGGAGCAAAGGGUCCCUACGGAAAAGGACCACCAUUUAAUCAGGAACGUGGACCAUCUGCACACUUGCCACCACCUCCAAAGUUGCUUGCACAGCAGCAUCCACCUCCAGAUAGACAGGCAGUACCUGGAAGACCAGGCCCUUUCCCCCCCAAGCAGCAAGUACCUGAUGAAGACGAAAUAUGGAAGCAAAGACGGAGACAACAGUCAGAAAUCUCUGCUGCGGUGGAGCGCGCACGGAAGCGUCGUGAAGAGGAAGAACGACGAAUGGAAGAACAAAGGAAGGCUGCAUGUGCAGAGAAACUGAAACGCUUGGAUGAGAAGCGCGGCAUCAUGGAAAAACAACCAUCUCCAGAAGAAAUACGGGAAAGGGAGCGAGAAAGAGAACGGGAGCGUGAGAAAGAGCUUGAAAGAGAACAAGAACAGGAGCGUGAGAAAGAGAGGGAGAGGGAGAAGGAGAAGGAGAAGGAGAGGCAGCAGGAAAAGGAGAAAGAGCAGGAGAAAGAGCAGGAAAAACAAAGAGAAAUGGAGAAGGAAAGAAAACAAGAAAAAGAGAAAGAAUUAGAACGGUGGAGGGAAAAUGAAAAAGAAUUACAGAAGAUGAAAGAACAGGAAAAGGAGUGCGAGUUGGAGAAGGAAAGAGAGAAAGUGGAGGAAAAAAUAGAACCCAAAGAGACUGCAGUGGAGCCUGUGGUAGAAAAACAGGAAAGUGAAAACAUCUGUAAUAAAGAGGAGAAGCCAGUAUUCACUAGACAAGAUAGCAAUCGCAGUGAAAAGGAGACCACGCAAGUGGUUCAUGAAACAGAACCAGAGUCAGGAUCUCAGCCUCGGCCUGCUGUAUUAUCUGGCUAUUUCAAACAAUUUCAGAAAUCUUUACCACCACGAUUUCAGCGGCAACAGGAACAAAUGAAACAGCAGCAGUGGCAACAACAGCAGCAGCAAGGUGUACUUCCACAAACCGUUUCUUCACAGCCAUCUGGUAGCACUGUCCCUCCUCCACCACACAGACCUGUUUACCAGCCCAUGCAACCUCACCCUCAACAUUUAGCAUCCAUGGGUUUUGAUCCCAGAUGGCUCAUGAUGCAGUCAUACAUGGAUCCUCGAAUGAUGUCAGGGAGACCAGCUAUGGAUAUUCCACCCAUUCAUCCUGGAAUGAUUCCUCCAAAGCCAUUAAUGAGAAGGGACCAGAUGGAAGGUUCUGCAAACAGUUCUGAAUCAUUUGAGCACAUGGCUCGAUCUGCAAGGGAUCAUGCGGUUUCCCUUUCUGAGCCCCGUGUGAUGUGGGGGUCUGAUCCCUAUCCUCAUGCUGAGCCUCAACAGGCAACUACUCCCAAGGCACCUGAGGAACCUGAGGAUAUAAGGCCUGAAGCUGCACAUGACCAAGAACAGAUCACUGCUGCUUGUCCUGUAGAACACAGUCAUUUAGAGGCUCCUCCAAAAGCAGACUUUGUCAGAGAAUCGAGUGAAACAGAAGCACAAAAGUUUUUAAGUAGAUCUGUGGAAGAUGUUAGACCUCAUCCUACUGACACAAAUAAUCAGUCUGCUUGUUUUGAAGUACCUGACUCAAAGGCUUUAUCCACUCCUUCAGAAGAUCGGAUUUCAGGUGUAGAAAGUCAGCCCGUCCGGAAACGAAGUGUUUCCCAUGGAUCUAACCAUACUCAAAAAUUAGAAGAGCAAAGAAAUGAGCCAUCUGCAUGCGUCCCUAAAGUAACCAGUAGAUGCCCUGAUUCAAAAGAACCAGCAGAAAGGCCAGAGGAGAAACCAAGAAAGGAUGGUUUCAUACGCUCUUCUGAAGGACCAAAACCUGAAAAAGUAUAUAAAUCUAAAUCGGAAACUCGCUGGGGCCCAAGGCCUGGCUCCAACAGAAGAGAAGAAGGUAAUGAUAGACCAGUGAGAAGAUCAGGUCCCAUUAAAAAACCUGUACUUAGAGAUAUGAAAGAGGAACGGGAGCUAAGGAAGGAGAAAGAAGGAGAAAAGGUUGAAAAGGUCCCUGAAAAAGUGAUAAAACCCGAAAAGACGGAAAAGAAGGAUCUUCUUCCUCCACUCCCACCUCCAGCACCAGUUCAGCCACAGUCAGUUACACCACCUACUCAGCCAGAACCUGAAAAAUUGUCUUCAACUGAAGUUUCAGCUGUGGCUCAAAAGCCAUCCCAAGAUAUCGAGGUGCCUUUAGAAACUGUGAGUAGCGUUCAGGUGGAGCCUGCGGUUAAAACUGUGACCCAACAAACUAUUGUAGCACCAGUAGUCAAAGAAGAAAAGCAAACUGAGAAACCUGUCGGCAAAGAGCUUGCUGUAGAGAGGCCUCGACCAGAUUCAAGACCAGCAGUGAAAAAAGAAUCAACUUUACCACCUAGGACCUACUGGAAAGAAGCUAGAGACAGAGAUUGGUUUCCAGAUCAAGGAUACAGAGGUCGAGGCCGAGGUGAAUAUUACUCCAGAGGUCGAAGCUAUAGAGGCUCUUAUGGAGGGCGUGGCAGGGGUGGCAGAGGACACACUCGUGAUUAUCCUCAGUACAGAGACAAUAAACCAAGAACAGAGCACGUGCCCUCAGGGCCUCUCAGACAGCGAGAGGAAAGUGAAACACGAAGUGAGAGCUCUGAUUUUGAAGUCGUCCCCAAAAGAAGAAGACAGCGGGGUUCAGAGACCGACACAGACAGUGAAAUUCAUGAAAGUGCAAGUGACAAGGAUAGUUUAAGCAAAGGUAAACUUCCUAAAAGAGAGGAACGGUCUGAAAACAAGAAACCUAUAAAGCCUCAAUCUUUCAAGCCAGAAAAUCAUGUCCGAAUAGAUAAUAGACCACUAGAAAAGCCUUAUGUGAGGGAAGAUGAUAAAUCUAAACCAGGUUUUCUUCCUAAAGGGGAGCCUACAAGGCGUGGCAGAGGGGGAACAUUCAGGCGUGGUGGAAGGGAUCCUGGAGGUCGUCCAUCACGCCCUUCCACCUUACGAAGGCCUGCUUAUCGGGACAAUCAGUGGAGUCCCCGGCAGGCAGAAGCUACUAAACCAGAAGAUGGAGAGCAGCCAAGAAGACACGAGCAGUUUAUUCCUAUGCCAGUAGAUAAACGACCUCCAAAGUUUGAGCGAAAAUUUGACCCAGCCAGAGAGAGACCACGCAGGCAACGUCCUACCCGACCACCAAGGCAAGAUAAGCCUCCUCGGUUUAGAAGACUAAGGGAGAGGGAGGCUGCUUCAAAGACAAAUGAAGCAGCAUUGCCCACCAACGGCACAGUUAAUAAUGUGGUUCAAGAACCAGUGAAUACUGCUGGAGAUAUUUCUGGGAAUAAAACACCAGACUUGUCUAACCAGAACUCUUCAGAUCAGGCAAAUGAAGAAUGGGAAACAGCUUCUGAAAGCAGUGAUUUCAAUGAACGGCGAGAAAGGGAUGAAAAAAAAAAUGCUGAUUUGAUUGCACAAGCAGUUGUGAAAGCCGGAGACAACGGUUUACCUCCAAAGAGAGAAAUAGCAAAGAGAAGUUUUUCUAGUCAGAGGCCUGGAGUAGAUCGCCAAAAUCGACGUGGCAACAGUGGUCCACCCAAAUCAGGAAGAAAUUUUUCCGGUCCUAGGAAUGAAAGACGAAGUGGCCCACCAUCAAAAAGUGGGAAGAAAGGGCCAUUUGAUGACCAGUCUGCAACCACUGCUGUUGUUGAUUCUGUCAAUGGCAGCUCAGCACACCACCAGGAAGGAGUGCUUAAUGGUACAGGACAAAAAACUUCCAAAGAUCCUACUGGGAAAAAAAGAGAAGAUCCCAAACCAGGUCCCAAAAAACCCAAAGAGAAAGUAGAUGCUCUGUCACAGUUUGAUCUCAACAAUUACGCAAGUGUUGUUAUAAUUGAUGAUCAUCCUGAAGUAACAGUUGUUGAAGACCCCCAGUCAAAUUUGAAUGAUGAUGGUUUUACUGAAGUGGUAUCCAAAAAACAACAAAAACGUUUACAGGAUGAGGAACGGAGAAAGAAGGAAGAACAAGUCAUACAGGUCUGGAACAAAAAAAAUGCAAAUGAAAAAGGAAGAAGUCAGACUUCUAAGCUUCCUCCAAGAUUUGCCAAAAAACAAGUAACAGGGACUCAACAAGUUCAGUCUACAGCCUCAACUUCAGCUCCAGUCCCGUCAUCUCCUGCAACUACAGUUCCAGCCUCAACUGUGGUUCCCAUUCCUGUAUCACCUGCAGCUCCAACUCCAGCCUCAACCUCAGCUCCAGUUUUAACCUCCACAGCUCCAGUUGCAGCCUCAGCUUCAAUUCCAGUUCCAUCUUCCACUUCAGCCAUAGCCACAGUCUCUUCAUCAGCCACAGCUUCAGCUCCAGCUCCAACCCCCAUCCUUGUCUCUGCUUCAACACCAGCUCCUGUCCCCAUUCUUGCCUCAGCUUCAAUUCCCAUCCUUGCUUCAGCCCUAGCACCAGCUUCAGCUCCGACCACAGCCUCAGCGCUCUCAGCCCCACCUGCACCAGCCAUCUCAACCCCAGCUGCCCCCGUCUCAGUGCCAGCUGCCUCAGUCUCAGUUGCCCCAGCCUCAUCCUCAGCCUCCACUGCUGCAGCCCAGACUCAGACACAGACCCACAAACCAGCCCAGAAUCCACUGCAGACAGUACCACAGUCUUCUAAACAGCCACCACCUUCAAUUAGGCUACCUUCAGCUCAGACACCUAAUGGCACAGAUUACGUAGCCACAGGAAAAUCCAUUCAGACACCCCAGUCACAUGGCACCCUUACAGCUGAAUUAUGGGAUAACAAGGUGACCCCGCCCGCUGUCCUGAAUGACCUCUCUAAGAAAUUAGGUCCCAUUAGUCCACCACAACCACCUUCAGUCAGUGCAUGGAAUAAACCGUUAACAUCAUUUGGAUCAACUUCAUCAGAGGGAGCAAAGAAUGGUCAAGACAGUGGAGUUGAAAUUGGAAUUGACACUAUUCAAUUUGGUGCUCCAGCUUCAAAUGGGAAUGAAAAUGAGGUUGUUCCUGUGCUUUCGGAAAAAUCUGACAAAAUAGCUGAACCAAAAGAGCAGCGCCAGAAGCAGCCACGGGCAGGACCUAUCAAAGCCCAGAAGCUUCCAGAUUUGAGUCCAGUAGAAAACAAAGAACAUAAACCUGGUCCUAUUGGAAAGGAACGUUCAUUAAAAAAUAGAAAAGUGAAAGAUGCCCAACAGGGAGAGCCAGAAGGACAGGAGAAGCAAAGCUCUACUACCAUCAGAAGCCCAGAUCCUUCCACCACGAAGGAAACCAAAGCAGUCUCAGAAAUGUCUACUGAUAUAGGGACCAUGAUCUCCGUAUCAUCUGCAGAAUAUGGCACAAAUGCAAAGGAGUCUGUAACAGACUAUACUACACCUUCUUCUUCUCUGCCUAACACUGUGGCUACUAAUAAUGCAAAGAUGGAGGAUACUUUGGUUAAUAAUGUGCCCCUGCCUAACACCCUACCCCUCCCUAAGAGGGAGACCAUACAACAGAGCUCGAGCCUCACUUCAGUUCCUCCCACUACUUUCAGCCUCACCUUCAAGAUGGAAUCUGCGCGCAAGGCAUGGGAGAAUUCUCCAAACGUAAGGGAAAAAGGAUCUCCAGUAACUUCCACAGCACCUCCAAUUGCAAGUGGAGUGAGCAGCAGUGCCAGUGGACCAAGCACUGCCAAUUACAAUUCGUUCUCAAGUGCAUCAAUGGCUCAGAUUCCUGUCGCUUCAGUCACUCCUACAACAUCAUUAUCAGGAGCUGGUACAUAUACUACCUCUUCUUUGAGUACAAAAUCUACAACCACUUCGGAUCCUCCUAAUAUUUGUAAAGUGAAGCCCCAACAAUUACAAACAAGUAGCCUGCCUUCUGCAAGUCAUUUUUCACAACUUAGCUGUAUGCCUUCCCUUAUUGCCCAGCAGCAACAGAGUCCACAGGUUUAUGUGUCUCAGUCUGCAGCAGCUCAAAUACCAGCUUUCUAUAUGGACACGAGUCAUUUAUUUAGUACCCAGCAUGCCCGAUUGGCUCCACCAUCCUUGGCUCAGCAGCAAGGCUUCCAACCAGGUCUUUCUCAGCCAACUUCAGUUCAGCAGAUUCCAAUUCCUAUUUAUGCACCACUGCAAGGGCAGCAUCAGGCCCAGCUGAGUUUGGGGGCUGGACCUGCUGUUACCCAGGCUCAGGAGUUAUUUACUUCUUCACUUCAACCAUAUAGAUCUCAGCCUGCCUUCAUGCAGAGCAGUCUGUCCCAGCCAUCCGUGGUCCUUUCCGGUACUGCUAUCCACAACUUCCCAGCUGUCCAACACCAGGAGCUUGCCAAAGCACAAUCAAGUCUUGCUUUUCAACAGACUUCAAAUACUCAGCCUAUUCCUAUAUUGUAUGAACAUCAGCUGGGGCAGGCUUCAGGACUGGGCGGUUCCCAACUGAUUGAUACACAUCUUCUCCAGGCUAGAGCAAAUCUUACCCAGGCCUCAAAUCUUUAUUCUGGACAAGUACAACAGCCUGGUCAAACAAAUUUUUAUAACACUGCCCAGUCACCGAAUGCUCUCCAGCAGGUAAACUAUGGCAUGGUUACAGUACCUUUACCAGCAUCCCAGCUUUCCUUGCCUAAUUUUGGAUCUACAGGACAGCCUCUAAUUGCUUUGCCUCAGACUCUGCAGCCCCCAUUACAGCACACCACCCCACAGGCCCAGGCUCAGAGCCUGAGCCGUCCUGCGCAAGUAAGCCAACCUUUCAGAGGGUUAAUCCCUGCCGGAACACAGCAUAGCAUGAUCGCAACCACAGGAAAAAUGUCUGAAAUGGAAUUGAAGGCCUUUGGAAGUGGCAUUGAUAUUAAACCAGGCACACCUCCAAUCGGUGGUAGAAGCACAACGCCAACAUCUAGUCCUUUCCGGGCUACUUCCACAAGUCCGAACAGCCAGUCCAGCAAAAUGAACAGCAUUGUCUAUCAGAAGCAGUUCCAGUCAGCCCCUACCACUGUGAGAAUGACACAACCAUUUCCUACACAGUUUGCACCCCAGAUACUCUCUCAGCCUAACCUGGUCCCUCCAUUGGUAAGAGCCCCACAUACUAACACCUUCCCAGCGCCUGUUCAGAGGCCACCAAUGGCACUGGCCAGUCAGAUGCCUCCUCCGCUGACCACAGGCCUCAUGAGCCAUGCUCGUUUGCCACAUGUAGCCAGGGGCCCUUGUGGAUCACUAUCUGGAGUCAGAGGUAAUCAGGCCCAGGCUGCGCUGAAGGCUGAACAAGACAUGAAGGCAAAGCAAAGAGCAGAGGUUCUUCAAUCCACGCAACGGUUCUUCUCUGAACAGCAACAGAACAAACAGAUAGGAGGCAAAGCCCAGAAAGUGGACAGUGAUUCAAGUAAACCUCCUGAAACACUGGCUGACCCUCCUGGUGUCUGUCAGGAAAAAGUAGAAGAGAAACCACCCCCUGCACCUACCAUAGCCACCAAACCUGUUAGAACUGGACCAAUCAAACCUCAGGCCAUCAAAACAGAAGAAACAAAAUCUUAAAGGCUGUGCUAUAUUGCAGGGGUUGGGAAGGGUUGAGGGGGGCAACAGGGAGAAUGAAGUGAGAUAAUGCCAGCAGCCAACGGGGUAAAACGGUCUGUGACAUUAUCCUGUCCAGAGUUUAGAGAUACACAAAGAACACAGGAGCAAUUUACACUGACACACAGCUGCUGCACCUGUAGAAAUGAGGCUUUGCAAGCUUGUACCUUCUCUAUAACGUGUGCUCAGUUGAUGGCCAUGUGUCUUCAGUCGAAUUUCUAUACAACUAUUUGCACAAGGUUCUCAAGUGCAUACAGUCUAGACCUAAAAAUCCUUAGUGGUCAUGUGAAACAGCAGAACCAAGAGGAAAGUCAUACUGCAGAGGAAUGGCUCUGCCUGAGCAAUGUGGUGGUCUCAGCUAAAACGUCAGAUGUGGUUUCUUUGUCCCCUUAUAUUUUUUGGAUGUGGUUAUGCCAUUGAUAGGCUUGCAGGUGAAGAACUGAAGAUGACUGGUGCUGGAUAGAGGAGCCUUAUUUUUUUAUUAUGGCAGCUUUGCUAUUUUUGUAACAUGGUGAUUGAGUUGAACACAAUCAAAGUACAGUGGUAACUGAUCUCCCCUUCUUCCUGAAUGAGUGAGCAGAUGAUUUAAUAUUGAUGUCAGCAUCCUUGACCUGCCAAGCGAGCAGUGUUUGGUUACUGCCUCUGUUUGAAAUGAUGCUGUGUUUUGGUUGUGGUCCAAAGCUUCAAAGCACUGUUUGGCAUCUCCUUUCUUCUAUGGAGCUCUCACCAUUCAAAUGUCACAGAUCUGGUAAAAUACUAGUUAGGUUGAAUCUUGCUUGCCUCCACUCCAUCAUCUUUGUAUGAAUCGAAUCUCCCCCCCCCCUUUUUAACGGUUUUUUAGCUGAUGUUCGUGAAGAACAGUGAGUACCUAGAACUGUGCCACUAAUGAAAUCUCAUCAAAGAAGGUACAUUUCUUUACAGAGCUGUGUCAUACCAUCCUUUGGGCCCUCUGCUGGGAAAGUAGAAUCAAGUCUCAAAUAAUGCCUUUUAAUUGUAUCCUCUAGUAUUAUAGAUGUAGGACAGUACUGUAUCAUACCUCUGUGAAUGUAAAAUAUCUUGUACCUGCUUCAUGAUACGUAGUAGUGACUGUGCUUUAUCAGAGCUGUUUUUAAUGAUGUUAUUCUAGAAUGUUUUCUUUCCAGAUGAUUGAGAAGCUAAUUAAAAAAAAAUGGUGCCAGGUACCACGACAGUAACAAAACUUUGCUGUUUUCGGGGUUUUGUUUUUUUACCUUUUUUCUUUUUUUUUAAUGGAGUGUGCUAGAUGUCUCUAUAAUUUUGUUCAAAUGACUGCAGAACCUGGAAAAGCUGUUGCUGCUAUUGAUACAUAACAUACUGCUAUUACUGGUCUUUUUAUAUAAAUAUAUAUAUAUAUACAUAUAUAUAAUUGAAUUUUUGGAAACUUUAGCUGUGCUGUCAACUUUGAGAAAAGUAUCCCAGUUUACCGUGUUGAGUUGGCAUUGUACAGAAAUUAACAGCCAUAUUGGUCUAGAAACGUUAAACUUAAUUUUUUUUUCCAUUUGUACAGGGGUAACGCACUGUAUUAAAUAUGUAAGGUCUUAUCUACGUGGGUUUGAUUACAGAACUAAUAAAGUAUUCUCUAAAUAAUGAGAUCUUGGGAGCUUCUCGUCCAUUCUUAAAAUCUGAAGCUAGGUCUGUCAGGUGUACCAGAAAUAUUGGUACUGCAUUAUGCUAUAGGAAAAAAUGAUCAUCCAAGGACAUGAUUUCUGAACUUCCAAGAAUUCUAAAGUUUAUUCAAUCAAAAUAACUAUUGUUCUGGAAGAUAAUAGUCAUAGCUAUGGUUCUCUGGGUAGCCAAACUGUAAGUGAAAAAUUUUUUGUUACAGAAUGCACAUGUAAAAACAAGUUUCACCAUGCCUCUGGGUAGAAAUUUGAAGUAUCAAAAGUAGAUCUCGGCCAGCAAAGCAGCUCACUAGGCUAAUCCUCCGCCUGCAGCGCCAGCACCCUUGGUUCUAGUCCCAGUCGGGGCGCCGGAUUCUGUCCCAGUUGCUCCUCUUCCAGUCCAGCUCUCUGCUGUGGCCUGGAAAAGCAGAAGAUGGCCUAAGUCCUUGGGCCCCUGCACCCACUUGGGAGACCCGGAAGAAGCUCCUGGCUCCUGGCUUCAGAUUAGCGCAGCGUGCCAACCACAAUGGCCAUUGGAGGGUGAACCAAUGGAAAAAGGAAGACCUUUCUAUCUGUCUCUCUCACUGUCCACUCUGCCUGUCAAAAAAAAGUAGAUCUCAGUAUUUACUUUUAAAUAUAAUGCAUUCUUUGACAUGGUCGCCUCCUUAUUUGUCAUGUGUUCAGUUUGUAAAGUGAAGUACCAAGGUACUGUAGCUGCUUAUCCUUAAACCCUAUCCCAGGACACAUGGCCUCCAGACCCAGUUUUAUCCAUACUGGUCACUUGGUCACAAAUGAGAUAUGUGUCAUUUUGACUCAGGGAUACUUUGAUUCUUAAACACUUAAAAUUCUGUAGUACCAAUAAGCCUUGUCUUGUUUCUGUUUAACAUUUUCUGGAUAUGAUCUAAAUUAAGAGUUGGGAGGUGGAAUAUGAUCUGUGUUUCUCCACAGUUUGAUCAUGCAAAUCUUGUUCCUGGCUUCUGACACAUGAUGUGAUAAUCCAAAAGAUGGUCAAUUGACAAAAAAUUAGGUCACAUGAACUUUAGAGCAUUCUCUGCCCCUUGAACUGAUGUGAUAAGUAGAGGGCAGGUGACCUUAGUGAAUAAUAAGUGUGCUUAUGUUAGAAGGGGAGUGGGGUUGGUGGAUGUGAGAAGAGUUUGAAGAGUCUUUGAAUUAUUUUCACAAUACCGAAGUGUGCUUAUUUAUAUACAAACACUUGGCUGCAGACAAGAGUAAAGCUAAAAACUUGCCAUGGAACUCUAAAUCCCAUUAAGUUGGCAGGUACUAAUGCCAUCGUACUUGUUAAAGGUAUCAUUUUAAGUGCUUAACUGAUGAUAAAGAUAGGAAUAAAUGUCAAAGGGAUCACAUAAAUUAGACCAAGUGUUUGCUAAUAACAAUAGAUAGUAUUAAAAAAGAAUAAUCCCAACGUGGGAAGCAGGCCACCCAGCAGACUCAUAGAAUGACAAAUGCCCCAAACAGCACUCUGGCCUCAGAAUCAGUCCUUAAGGCACUCUGAUCUAGCUAAAAAGCCUAUGAGAGCAUUUCAGGCAUGGAAAGCCAAAACAUUGUGGCAAAAACUGGCCUGCAUGAAAGAUCUCUGAGUGAGAUCCCAGUGGAAAGAAGGGAUCAUCAAAGGAGGUACCUUUCUCUUCUACUUGGAUUAUGGCCUUGUCUAAAUAAUGUUGGAGGCCAGCACCAUGGCUCACUUGGCUAAUCCUCUGCCUGCGGCACCAGCACCCAGGGUUCUAGUCCUGGUUGGGGUGCCGGAUUCUGUCCCAGUUGCUCCUCUUCCAGUCCAGCUCUCUGCUGUGGCCCGGGAAACCUGCAAGGGAGAUGAGGAGAAGCUCCUGGCUCCUGGCUUCGGAUCAGUGUGGUGUGCCGGCCACAGCGCACCGGCCAUAGCAGCCAUUUGGGGGGUGAACCAACGGAAAAGGAAGACCUUUCUGUCUCUCACUGUCUACUCUGCCUGUCAAAAAUAUAAUAUAAAUAAGUAAAUAAUGUUGGAGUUUGUGGACUCAAGAGGCUUCCAUAGCCUUGGCAGCUCAUGACAAGAACCUCUGGUGAUCACUGACAUAAAUAAGAGGUCAAUUGUUAACAACAGGAGUCACUGGGCACUUGCUUCCCAUGUAGGACCUCUGUCCUUGAUGAAUUAUACUGUGAGAAAUAAUGGUAAAACUUCAAACAGUACUUCAUACUUUGUGUGUCUGUGUGGGUGCAAACUGUUGAAAUCUUUACUUAGUAUAGAGUUGAUCUUCCGGUUCACUCCCGAAAUGGCUACAACAGUUGGAGCUGGGCUGAUCUGAAGCCAGGAGCUUCUUCCGGGUCUCCCACGUGGAUGCAGGGGCCCAAGCACUUGGACUCUUCUACUGCUUUCCCAGGCCAUUAGCAGAGCUGCAUUGGAAGUGAAGCUGUCAGGCCUUGAACCAACCCACAUAGGAGAUGCUGGCACCACAGGUGGUGGCUUUAACCACUACGCCAUAGCAGAGUUUAAAUGCUGCCAUAUUAGUAUCUGGUCAAGUCAGCCCCAAAGGGGCCAGUGUUAUGUAGCAGGUAAAACCACCGCCUGACACUGGCAUUCCACAUAGGUGCGGGUUCUAGUCCUAAAUGGCCCACUUGUGAUCCAGCUCCCUGCUAAUGCACCUUGGAAAGCAAUGCAAAGAUGGCCCCUGCACCUAAGUGAAAGAUCCAGAGAAGCUCCUGGCUUUGACUUGGCCUAGCUUUACCCACUACACCAUAACACCGGCCCCAGCAGCACUUUUCAAGUCGAUAAUUUUGUGUGGUCUGCAAAUGAUAUAAAUAUCCAUAUGGCCCUUGACAGAAGAAAAGUACCCACCCCUGCUCUACACUCUUCUUGAACCUCAAACCUACCUGCGAUUAUAGGCUGUGCUUAGUAAUCCCUCUGUUCCCCACUAAACAUUGUUAUUUGGGAACUUUAUCCAGCUCAGAUGAUGGAACUUCUUUUGCACAUAAACCAGUAAGACUCGAAUUUUACAUGUAGUCUACUUACUAGUGUCAGAAAUGGCGAAAAACAGGCCAGAUCAGAACUACCUAAAAACCUUUGAAGAUUUCAUUCAUAUUAAGAAAGUUGGGCAUCACAGAUGAAAAGGAAAAGAGCUACACUGGAAGAAGGCUUGGGGUUUUUAUGAAAUAGAGGCCAGGUUCCAAAGACCCCACCCAUUAGAUUGUGCUGAAACUUUUCUGUAUUCCCAGCACCUGACACAGUCUAGUCAUACCAUAGUCUCGUCCUGUGUAAAUGCUUGUUUGGGACUCACUUGGGAUUACCGGGCCCCACGUCCCAUCCUGUCCCUUUUGAGUCCUGGCUCCUCCACUUACUAAGCUUUCUGCCAAUGUACCUGGAAAGCAGAUGAUGGCCUAAGUACUUGAAUGCCUGCCACUCACAUGGGGAGACCUGGUGCUCCUCCUGGCUUCAGCUUGACCCAUCCCUGGUUGUUGGUGACCAUUUGGGGCGUGAAUGAGCAGAAGGGAAAUUUCUCUCCACAUUUCAAAUAAGUAAAUGUUAAGAAAUGUCUAUCCAAGGGUUAGACAAAAGAUGGCAAGACAAUGUAAAGACUCUAUUAAGAAGCUAUGAAAUAUGUGGUGAUGCCAGUAUUAAAAAUGACCGGUGACUUGUUGCCUGUUAGAAAAGAUGUACAUAAACACGUUUAGGCCUAACAGUCUUCUCAACCUAAGAUACAUUCUCAUUCUACCUUUUAUAUCUUUUUUUUUUAGAAAGCAGAAGGAAAAUUCUCUCGCCCCUACCCCUACUCUCAAAUAAAUCUUUGAAAAAAAAAAAAAAAAGAAAA